AUGCUGCUGUGGGCCCCGCAGGCGCUGCUUGCCCUGCUCCUGCCCGUGCUCCUGCCUCAGGGAGAAGCCAGGCGCAGGGGCGGCCUCCAGGCCCACAACACCUCCAGGCCCGCGCUGUGGCGGCUGUCGGAUCACCUGCUGACCAACUACAAGAAGGGCGUGCGGCCCGUGCGGGACUGGAGGAGGCCAACCACCGUCUCCAUCGACGUCAUAGUCUAUGCCAUCCUCAGCGUGGACGAGAAGAACCAAGUCCUGACCACCUACAUCUGGUACCGGCAGUACUGGACUGACGAGUUUCUCCAGUGGAACCCCGAGGACUUCGACAACAUCACCAAGCUGUCCAUCCCCACGGACAGCAUCUGGGUCCCGGACAUUCUCAUUAACGAGUUCGUGGACGUGGGGAAGUCUCCAGAUAUCCCGUACGUGUACGUCCAGCAUCAUGGCGAGGUCCAGAACUACAAGCCCCUCCAGGUGGUGACUGCCUGCAGCCUGGACAUCUACAACUUCCCCUUCGAUGUGCAGAACUGCUCACUGACCUUCACCAGCUGGCUGCACACCAUCCAGGACAUCAACAUCUCCCUUUGGCGCCUGCCAGAGAAGGUGAAGUUCGACAAGAGCGUCUUCAUGAACCAGGGCGAGUGGGAGCUGCUGGGCGUGCUGCCUCAGUUCCGGGAGUUCAGCAUGGAAAGCAGCAGCUGCUAUGCAGAGAUGAAGUUCUACGUGGUCAUCCGCCGGCGGCCCCUGUUCUAUGCGGUCAACCUGCUGCUGCCCAGUAUCUUCCUCAUGGUCAUGGACAUUGUGGGCUUCUACCUGCCCCCAGAGAGUGGGGAGAGGGUCUCCUUCAAGAUCACACUCCUCCUGGGCUACUCUGUCUUCCUGAUCAUUGUGUCCGAUACGCUGCCAGCCACCGCCAUCGGCACGCCCCUCAUUGGUGUGUACUUUGUCGUGUGCAUGGCUCUGCUGGUGAUCAGCUUGGCUGAGACCAUCCUCAUCGUGCGGCUGGUGCACAAGCAGGACCUGCAGCAGCCCGUGCCCGCCUGGCUGCGGCGCCUGGUUCUCGAGAGAAUCUCCCUGCUGCUCUGCCUGGGGGAGCAGCCAACUUCCCACCGGUGCCCAGCUGCCUCCCAAACCAGCAAGACUGAUGACUGCCCAGAUGUGGGGAACCACUGCGGCCAUUUGGGAGGACCCAGGGGCCUGGACAAGAUCCUGAGGGGCAAAGACAGCCCGCCCCCGCCGCCGCGGGAGGCCUCCCUGGCUGUGCGUGGGCUGCUGCAGGAGCUGGCCUCCAUCCGGCACUUCCUGGAGAAGCGGGAGGAGAGCCGCGAGGUGGCCCGGGACUGGCUGCGUGUGGGCUCCGUGCUGGACAGGCUGCUGUUCCGCAUCUACCUGCUGGCGGUGCUGGCCUACAGCGUCACCCUGGUCACGCUCUGGUCCAUCUGGCAGUAUUCCUGA